UUGCUCGGAAUCCGCAGCCCCGCCGCGGCGCUCGCGCUCGCCCCCUAGCGUCGGUCGGGAAGCAGCGCGACGAUGGUGUCCACCAGCCUCCCGGUGGUCAAGGCCCUGCGCGGCCCGGUGUCCGACUACGGCAACUACGACCUCAUCGUGCGGCACUACAACUACACGGGCAAGCUGAGCGUGGGCGCGGAGAAGGAGCAGGGCCUCAAGCUGACGUCGGCGGUGUUCACGCUCAUCUGCUGCCUGAUCAUCCUGGAGAACGUGUUCGUGCUGCUGACCAUCUGGAAGACCAAGAAGUUCCACCGGCCCAUGUACUACUUCAUCGGCAACCUGGCCCUGUCGGACCUGCUGGCCGGCGUGGCCUACGCGGCCAACCUGCUGCUGUCCGGGGCCACCACGUACAAGCUGACCCCGGCGCAGUGGUUCCUCCGCGAAGGGAGCAUGUUCGUGGCGCUGUCGGCCUCGGUGUUCAGCCUGCUGGCCAUCGCCAUCGAGCGCUACAUCACCAUGCUGAAGAUGAAGCUGCACAACGGCAGCAACAGCAGCCGCUCGUUCCUGCUCAUCAGCGCCUGCUGGGUGGUGUCGCUGGUGCUGGGCGGGCUGCCCAUCAUGGGCUGGAACUGCCUGGGCGCGCUGCCGCACUGCUCCACCGUGCUGCCCCUGUACCACAAACACUAUAUCCUCUUCUGCACCACCGUCUUCACCUUGCUCCUGCUCUCCAUCGUCAUCCUCUACUGCCGGAUCUACUCCCUGGUCAGGACCCGCAGCCGCCGGCUGACCUUCCGCAAGAACGCGUCCUCCCGGGCCAGCCGCAGCUCCGAGAAGUCGCUGGCCCUGCUCAAGACCGUCAUCAUCGUGCUGAGCGCCUUCAUCGCCUGCUGGGCCCCGCUCUUCAUCCUGCUGCUGCUGGACGUGGGCUGCAGGGCCCGCGCCUGCGGCAUCCUCUACAAGACCGAGUACUUCCUGGUGCUGGCCGUGCUGAACUCGGGCACCAACCCGGUCAUCUACACGCUCACCAACAAGGAGAUGCGCAGGGCCUUCGUGCGCAUGGUGUCCUGCUGCAAGUGUCCCCGCAGAGACUCGGCCGGGAAGUUCAAGGGACCCAUCAUCGCGGGCAUGGAGUUCAGCCGCAGCAAAUCGGACAAUUCCUCUCACCCCCAGAAGGACGACGGGGAGAACCCAGAGACCAUUAUGUCCUCCGGAAAUGUCAACUCUUCUUCCUAAGACCGGGGCUUGGACAGGUCGAGAAGCGCUCUGACUUUGCUCGCCCGCCGACCUCCCCCCCCCCCCCCAGCAUUUCCAAACAUCUAUCGGGGAAAAAAAAAAUAAAAUUAAAAUUAAAGUGUCCCUGGGUUUCAACCGCUGCC